AUCUCUAUGCAGAAAACAAAGGCUCAGCGUCACAACGUCAAAACAUGGCGGAGGCGGAUGCAGAGCUUACUUUCAAAAAGGACACAGUAGGCAAACUCUUGUCUAGUUUCUUCAAGGAGGACAAAACCAGAAUAAGUGGUGAUGCUGUGCUGCUCAUGGCAGAGAUGUUAAGAAUAUUUAUCCAAGAGGCUGCUGUGAGAUCACAGAAACAAGCCGACUCUGAGGACUGUGACCAAGUGGACAUUGAGCACUUUGAAAAGAUCCUACCUCAGCUGCUGCUGGACUUCUAGCACAGUGAUGCCACAAGAUGGAGGCAGAGUGCUGCCUGCGUGUCCCUGCUUCAGUCUUACGGCUACAAAUUUAGUUUAACUGAUGGUUUCAUUUUUUUUUCUGUAUAACUGACAUUUCAUACUCACUUAACUCUGAGAUCACAUUAAAAUUCUCAUUUUGUA